UUUAUGUUUUAAUUAAAAGUACAUGUACAGGUGUAUUAUAAAUUUUAGACAAAUAGUAAAUUUUAUUAUUGCUGAAAGUGAAUUUGGGUAUAUUCUCUAAUAAAAUCAAAAAAAAAAUAUUUUAAUAAUAAAUUCAAGAUCAAACUUGAAAACAAAAAAACGAUGAUGAAAUUUAAAUCAUUUUUAGAGCAAUUAGAAGAAAAAUUUUCAUCCAAUUCGCAAAAUUCUUUGCAAUAUGAUCCAAAUGGUUUUCUAUCAACAAAUCGAUUUUAUAAUAACAGAUUUGAAUCACAAAUACAAAAUCGUUCUAUACGACAAAUUGAAGAGCAAAUGUCUAGUUUACGAAAAGAAAAUUUUAAUUUAAAAUUAAGAAUAUAUUUUCUUGAAGAGAAAAUUCCAGAAUUAAAUAAAAUGGAUUUAGCAGAAGGAGAAGAAUCUUUAAUGAAACAGUUUUUAGAUAAUAAGAUUGAAACCGAAAUGUUAAAGAUUGAUCUUCAAGACAAACAACAAUUAUUAAUCGAAGCUGGUGAAGCUUUAACUCAUAUGGAAAAUAUACAAAAGGAUACUGAAAAAAGAUAUGAACAAUUAAUUGAUGAAUUGAAUCAUAAAAUACAAUAUUUGGAAUUUGAAAAAUAUUCAUUAGAGAAAUGUUCAAAAAAUGAAGAAAAUAUUAUAAAUGAAUUAAUUGACAAACAUAACAUUGAUGGUAACAAAAUAGAUAUAGUAAAAAAGGUGCGCGAACUUAAAGAAUCUGUUAAAGAUGCAGAAACAAAAAUUACAAAUUUAAAUAAACAAAAUAUAAAUUUAGAACAAAUUGUAUUAGAAAAAAAUAAAUUAAUAAAUCAAUAUGAGGAAAGCAUAAAACAGAAUGAUUUCCAGCAAAAACAAUUAAUUGAACAAUUAAAAUUAAAAGAAGAAUGUUUAACUAACAUAGAAGUAAGCAAAUAAUAUUACUUUUCAUAUAUUACGUAAAAGCAUUAAAUAUGGGAUUAAAGUUCUCAGAAAUUGUGCAAUUAUUGAAGUUCUCAGAAAAUUAGUUUUAGCAUAUUUGCAAUAGAAGACAACAAACCAGUAUAUGAUGAAUUUUUGCGAAUUUAGAGCACUAUAUAAUAUUAAAAUUUAGAACACUAUAUGCCUAAAUUCUAUUGAACACAUUUAUUACUUAAGGUGUUGGAAUGUUAUUCAAAAAUAUUGAGAUUUUGUGGUAUAGAAUUUCAAAUGGAAAUUCGAAAUUGGUUUUAUUCAGAAAAUUUAAUAA